AUGGCUGUUUCAAAAUUACCUAACGAAUGUUUACAAGGAAUUUUUAAUUACAUUUACGAUCUAAAAACAUUACACUCGGUUAUCCUCGUUAAUCGUAAUUGGUGUCAAAAUGCCAUUAAACGACUAUGGAAAAAACCGUUUAGAAACAGUAAUAAUUGGGAUAAACAAAUCAAAAUUUGCCCCCUUUUAUUUCAAUUCAUCAUAUUUGAUAAAGAAUUAAACGUAAAAGAAAAGUUGGUAAAAGAUUAUUAUAAAAAAUAUAAAAAAGCAAAUCCCAACCCUUCUCAUUGUUUAUUUAACUAUCCAAGCUUUAUCACCAGCAUCGAAUUAGAUCGUAUGAUUAGGGUUGCUUCAAUAUUCGUGCAAAGGAAUACAAUUCCGAAACUUGAUCAAAUUUUAACCUUUGUGUUCAUCAUGUUAAGGGUUAUGGUAUUUAAAGGUGCAAAGAUUAAACGAUUUAUAGUUAGUCUGAAGGAAAAACAUAUCAGUAUGCUUCUAGAUAAUGAUGUAACUCUUGAAAAAUGGAACGAAACAAGAAUCAAAAUCGAAAACACCCUUUCAAACUUUCUAACAAUGGAUGCAGCAAAAAAGUGUCUUAAAAACUUGAAAUAUUUUAUGUGUGAUUUGUUAAUUGAAAAGUCAAAGAUUUUACCAGCUUUAACGUCCAUAUGUAAUAACUUACAGGGAAUUAAAAUUCAAGAAAAUUCUCUUCUUUUAAUUAAAGAUUCCUUGAUAUCCUUAAUUCAAUGUCAAAAUAAUUUGGAACACUUGCAUAUUCAGGGUUCGCCAUAUAAUCAAGAUCAUGGAUCAAACAUCACACAAUUGGUUUUAUCAUUGGAAAAAAAUGCUAACUCAUAUAAGAAAAUUUUACUUGAAGAUGGAUACGUGGAUAAUGACAAUGCAUUUAAAUCCUUGAUCAAUUGCAAGGAUCUUGAGGUUUUACAAAUCAAAGAUUUAAAAAUCUCUUACAAAAAUUUGGAAUUAUUGGCUUUUGCGGAAUUUCCGAAACUAAAAUGUUUGAGUUAUAUUAAUACGCAACCUAAGAAUGUGGGUCCAAGCUUAGCAAAUCCGUUUAUUGCAAUUAUUAAAAAUAAAAAGAUCACAUCAAGACUACAAAAACUUCAUUUAGUAGGAUUUUUAGACGUGGAAAAUUAUAACCUGUUGAAAACUAUGGCAGAGAAUUUUAAAAAUUUGAACGACUUGUGUGUUCAAAUUACAAGAAAAGAGGAAGUACCGCUUUUAAUUAUUGUUUUGAAAAAUUGUUUAAUGAUGAAACAAGUCAGAUUGGUGAAUCCUGUUUCAUCUUAUGACUUUGACGAGUUCAAGAACUUUGUUAGAACAUGGUCUGCAGAACAAGAGAAAACAAUUUUGAGAUUUGAGGAUCAUGAAGUUCAUAUUCAUGUUGAGUGGGAAUAA